GAUAAGGAUGCUCUUAGUUGCUAGAAGUUGUAAUUGCACCUCUUGCUCGGACAGCCUGAUCCUCAAGAUGGGAGAUGAAGGUUGGAUAGAACUUAAGUUCAGACUCGCAGAUGGCACCGACAUCGGACCGAGCAAAUACAGUCAGUUCACGACUGUUGCGUCUCUCAAGGAGAAUAUCAUUGCUCAAUGGCCUAAAGACAAAGAAAAUGGCCCAAAGAUGAUAAAUGAGAUCAAGCUCAUCAAUGGUGGCAAAAUACUGGAGAACAACACAACACUUUCUGAAGCCAGGUCAAUACAAAUUUGUGAACAUCCUGGAAUGGUAACUACGAUGCAUGUUGUUCUUCCUCCUCCUAUUGUAGGCCGAAGAGACGGUAACUUCAAUGCAUUUCCUCUUGAUUUUUUUUGUGUUUAUAUAUCUCAAAGUUUUGGUUUUUGUUAUUGUUCAGAGAAACUGCAGAAUGAACCUGCAGUGAAGAACAGUUGUGUAUGCUGCAUUUUGUAAGUCCACUAGAGAUUUUUGGCCUUUUACAUAAUUUUAUGCCAUUUGGAUU